AAAAAGUCCUUCUCUUUAGUGAUUAUAUAAAAACAUUUUUAUUAAUCUAACAUCCGGUAUACUGUACUUUUAAAUUUCGCAAGCCGACUUUUAUAGCAGUUGCCAAUAUGAGUCAACCUAAAACUGAUUGUUACAUGUUAUUUUAUAUCGAUUUUACAGCCAAUAUGAAUUAUUAAUUAAAAAAUCUUGAAUAACAAUUCUUGGAUUUCAAUUAUGUUAUCCGCCAUACUGUGCACUGUGUUCGUAUCGCUAGUUACAGCUACAAAGAAUGAAGUAGUUUUACAACUGAAACCUGAAACUUUGAUCAGCACAUUGCAGGCGUUGAAGAGCUCAGGAUAUUUUCAAAAACUUGCUGAUGAAUUUGCGCUUAAAGCUGCGGAACAAUUUAUUAAACAACUGAAAAAGGAGAAAAAUACUGCUACACGAGAACGAUUGGAUGAAUCACCCAAAGUCCCACAACAUCAACCUUCAAAGACACUUCAAUCAGAACAAAACACAAAAAAACUUCGUAAAGCGUCAGGGUCGCACCGAUUAGUUUUGGCCGAUAAAGUACCUAUAGAUGAUGGUAAAAAGGAAAUGAAAACCAAAUCUAAACUAAAAACCAGCGACAGAGCUUCUUCUGAAGAAAGAAGAAGUGAACAGGGUCUUAUUUCCAAAGCAGGUUCUGAUGAGUCUAAUGGAUACACCUCCUCCUGACGGAGACAACUUGGAAAAUGAGUCGGUCCUAACGGAAGUAGAGGAAAAGAAGACGGAAAAACCUUUGGGGCUCUAUAAAAUUAAUGGCAAACAUUUUAGAAGAUACGACUUCUUCUGGAAAUAAAUCUACUA